UGUUGAGUAAGGUUAGAGUUGUUGUGAAAAGCUGACACGACUGACCACUAUCCAGACAGUUUGUUAUUAUUCGAAUUGAAAUAUGUCGAUUCAUCUUGAGAUCAAAAAAGAACAUCUUGAGACAGAGAUGGACACUGUGUUGCAUUCUAUGCCUUGCAAAAUCUAUGGGGACACACCUGCCAAUGUUUCGACGUACUUCACACCAUAUAUUAGGAAAAGUGAUGAUAAACAUUACGAUGCAUCAUUCAGAGGGUACCCUCUCCAGGGAAAGGUCAUAACAGUUCCAGAAGGAUACAAGGGACUGGUUCUCCAUGAGCAGAAAAAACCCGCCAAUCCUAAAAAAGAAAGGAAAUUCGUAUCCACUGGUGGUUUUUCGAAGUUUACAUAUUGGAAUUUCGAUAAAUUGCCUUCCAAGAACGAUACUAUCGUAUCCGCCCUCGACUGGAUUGACAUUGCUGAAGCACUCCACGGACCCGAAGAGAGAAGUUGAUGACCAUUUAUUUUAAAUCAAAGUAAUUUUUAAGAUAUUCCAUGAAGUUUGAAGCUCUAUUUUUUUAAUCCAAUAUUACCAUAUUCCCAUGAAGAGGAUACAAUAUUUAAAACUGUUAUGAUGAUAAUCUUCUCGAUAAUAAAGCCACGAUACUUUCGUAUGAAUAUGCGUGAUCAUUUCAAUAUAAAUUGAACGAAAAAUAAUGAGUUCUCACAAGGUCCACCUGCAUAGAGCCCUUUAUCAGACAUAGAUGAUAAACACAUAAUAAAUUUUCAUAUUUUUAUUAAACGUCCAUAGCACCUAUGAACUACACUAAAUAUAUUUGAGAAAUACUGAUACAUCUUUGUUCUCUAUUGGCAAGAUUUGAGUAGUUGAUUCAAAUAUUAUUAUCGUCUGGGACAGCAAUAGGUACACAAUACAGCUAUAUAUUGUUCACAAUAACUAUUUAUUUGCUGAUGUGCUUUGGAAGUAACGUUCAAAUUGGGAAAAGCCAUCGAAAUAUUUUUUGUAUAAUUUUCCUCCUUUUGGUUAAUUAAUAAAUAAAAUAGUUCGGCUUUUUCUUUCUCUGAAAUUUUCAGGUUUCAAAAUUCAAAUAAAAUUUCAUUUCAUUGUUUGGAGGUAUCUCCGUAAUACGACUGAUAUAUGAUAACUU